GAGACAGGGAGAGAGAAUAAAGAGAGGAGAGAAAGAAGAGGAGGUAGUUAAGGAGAGGAAAGUAAUGAGAGAAGCUACAAAAAGUGGGUAAUAAAGAAAGAAAGAAGUAAAGAUUUCACACUUGUAAAGGGAGCAGGGUGCGACCAGUCUGCAUUAAAGGAACCCCAGGUAGACAUAUCGUGUCCUUGAAAUCGCCUCACUUAAGGGACCGCACCCCAACGGACACAUCAUGCUGCCAGCACUCUCUACAUAUGAUCCCCCAUGUGGAGGCUUUAGUUUUGAGAACUGCCCCAGGAACACCUUUCUCCAGGACCAGGGACCUCAACUUGGCCUUCAACCACCAAAAGCCAGGAAGACAGGGACCACUAUUGCUGGAAUUAUAUAUAAGGAUGGGGUGAUAUUAGGAGCAGACAGAAGAGCUACCGAUGAUAUGGUAGUUGCUGAUAAAAACUGUGCCAAGAUUCAUUACAUCACUGACAAUAUAUACUGCUGUGGAGCAGGGGUGGCUGCUGAUGCAGAAAAUGUGACUCAGCUCCUGUCCUCAAACCUCCAUAUUCAUGCAAUGAGCACUGGAAGACAGCCACGAGUCUGCACUGCUAACAGAAUUCUGAAACAGAUGCUGUACAGAUACCAGGGUCACAUCGGGGCAUCUAUUAUAGUAGGGGGAGUGGAUAUCAAAGGUCCCCAUCUCUACAGUAUAUACCCACAUGGAUCAACUGAUGCAGUUCCGUUCACUGCACUUGGAUCUGGAUCCGCUGCAGCUAUAGCUGUUUUAGAGGACCGCUUCAAACCUAAUAUGGAGCUGGAAGAGGGGAAGCGUCUUGUCACUGAGGCUAUCACUGCAGGAAUUAUGUGUGACCUGGGUUCAGGGAGUGGAGUGGAUCUAUGUAUAAUUACAAAAGAAGAGGCCCGUGUCCUAAGAGGCCACACAAACACUGAGACCCGGGGAAAGAGGUUGGCUUCUUAUCGUUAUGCUCGUGGGACAACCCCUGUGCUGGGAGAAACCAUCACACAACUGGAGUUGGUAGAAGAAUCCGUUCAGAUCAUGGAAACUGAUGAAACAUUCUAGAAAUAAUAGAAUCAUGUUAUAGAACAAGUCUAUGCAAAUUCACUUGGGGUACCAAUGUGUUAGCGGCCCUACAGUUAAUACAAUUACUUACCUUAGACCUUGGGCUAGUGCUCCUAUUUGCUUAAAAGUGCACUGGACUGGACUGUAAUCCUUCAGGCACCACACUACCAUCUCUGCUGAUGUUGCUGUAUCCUUUUUGCUGUCCCAGAAACCCUGCAUACACAGGAGAGUAUUCAGGAUAGGGAAAAGGAUCCCUGGGACACAGGCAGAGUCUGAUGCUUAAUGUAUUUUACCCUGGCCAGUGCACUUUGUAGCAAAAAGGAGCACCUUAUUGGGGUCUAAGGAAAGGAUAUAUAUAUAUAUAUAUAUAUAUAUAUAUAUAUAUAUAUAUAUAUAUAUAAAUAUAAAGCCAUUUUUGGACUAAAUAAUAUAUAUAUAUCCAUAUCCUAUAGCUAUAUCCUAUAUAUAUAUAUAUAUAAUAUAUAUAUAUAUAUAUAUAUAUAUAUAUAUAUGUGGGAUGGCUGUUGCCUUAAACAUUGACACCCCCCGUAACGUUGCAAUGAUUUGUCCUUUAAUACAUAUAAAAGACAAUUUGUUAAAGCAUGCUAGAGAAUUUAAAUUAAUAAUACAAACCAGUCAACACAUGUAAAAUACACAUGCUGCAGACUGCAGUGGAUUCUAUGGCGCUGAGCAACAAAAAUCUAAAUAUGAAUAGUAAACUGCUGCUUAACAUGGGAAUCAUGGGGCAUCUGUUCACUUCACAUAAAUAAGCAUUAUAUACAAUAACCAAACAUUUAACAAACAAAAUGGUCUGGAAUACUUCUUGGAUAUCAGUUCCAUAGUCAGAACCCUAGUGAGGGUGUUUGUAUAACAGAUAAGAGCAAGCAAUGGUUUGCCACAGUUAAAUGUGAUUGCUUUUCUUGGUACAUUAACACAAUUCUUGCAGACAAAUUCUAGUUUUCAUGCCAAACCUGCUUGGAGCAAUAAAAAAACAUUCCACAGA